CUCCACUCGCGCGCGUGCUGCGCUGCUGCUGCUCUGCGGCCUGCCCGCGAGCGGCAAAUCCAGCUUGGCGGCGAGACUCGAGGAGCUGCUUACGAACACACCAACAACAGCAAACUCACACUUUCGUAUUGCAAGGGUGAUCCUCGUCCACUUCGACGAUUUCCUUCAUGCCGAACUAGCGCGACAGUUCUUCUCCCAGGAAGCGUGGCAGCGCAGCCGGACUGCAGCGUUGGAGCGCUUAAUGGGCGCUUUGGAGGCUGCUAUGGGCGAGGACGAAAGCGGCGGGCACGUUCUGGUCAUUGCGGACGACAACUUCCAGCUCCGCAGCAUGCGCCACGCGCUGUUCCGCGCUGCUCGUGACCGGGGAAUGGCCUUCAUUCAAGCCCACGUGGACUGCAGCCUUGCCACAGCGUGUACGCGCAACCAGCAGCGCACGGGUCUGGCAGCGGUACCGCAAGAGGCGCUGUGUCGCAUGGCGCAACAGUUUGAGCCGCCACAGCCGGAGCGCUUCGCCUGGGAGGCUUCCUCGUUGGUGGUCAGUUCCUCUCCAUGGAAUGGCGAUGAAGAUGACCGGAGCUACACAGCUGGAAUCGACAUCCAGGCGAACCACCAGUCUCACCAGCUUUGGCCGGCGGACCGCGUUCAGGCCUUGGUGCAUGAGCUGCAGCGCUUGUGGGGCCCACCGCCUCCGCAACCACCCAGUGCCGAGGAGCUGCAGCGACAGCGCGAAGAGGGGCAAGCAGCCAACGCUACCAGCUAUGUGCACGGUCUGGAUGUGCGCUCGCGCAAGGCACUCAGCGAGGCGGUCGCGACAGCGCCGGAGUCCAAGCGGGCGGUGGUGGCAAGGGGUUUGAACGAGCGGCGACGGGCGCUGCUGCAGGCAGCAAGGCAGCUGUUGGCGCAGGCGGCGGUAAGGGCAACAGGAGCGACAACGGCAGGACCGGACUUGCCGACGGCGGGGCCUGGCUUUGCUGAGGACGACGUGCUGCUGCUGCAGCGGCUGCAGCGGCUGGAAGAGGAGUUUAUGGUGGAUGCCGGGCUGUGAGGUGAGCCCGCCGGAAGGGUGUGUGGGGGGGGAGGCUAGACUGGGUCUAGCAGGCGCCAAAGGGAGCCUGUCUAUCAUAGCACGCACGUGUGGCGGACAGAUAGCUUGCAUCAACGCGUUGCACCAGUACACGUAGCGUUCACUGACGUACUACGUGCCCAUCAUCGGUGUAGUAACCGCGAAUUCACUCUGCGACUCUUGCCCUGACACGCCUUGUGGGAUUUGUCGACCAGGAUUCUAGCCAUCACACUCGAGACUAUGCUUCU